AUGCCGGCCAAGAAGUCAAAAGGAACAGUGGCAAAAAAGAAACCGAGUCAUGGAGGAAAACCAAAAGUUAGCAAAGCGAAUAAAACGAAAACUAAAGCAACGAAAAGGAAGACUCAGAUGAAAAAACGAAAAGAUAAACGUGCACAAAAACAACGAAAAGAACGAAAAAAGGCGGACAAAGCAAAACGAACAGCAAAGAAGAAAGCGAAAACUAAGAAAACAAAAAAAUCGAAAGAUAAGAAGAAAAAGAAAGCACCGAAAAAACCAGCGCCUGCAAAAGAGAAAGCAGAUCAGGAGCCACCAAGUGAAGACGGUGAUGAUGAAGAGGGAGAAGAUGCGCUUCAUAUGAGACUUGCUGGAAUGACAGUGAAUCAGAUGCAGAAUCUUCGAACUACAGUUGUUGAAUUGUCAAAGGACGAGUUUUUGGAACAGUUAAGGGACCACGGUGAGCAUCAAAGAGAGCAGAGAGCCUUUGAAGCGGCUUACAUGACAACUGCUGAAAAUCGGACAAAACUGUUUUAUGACUCGGAAAGACCAACUGAUGCGUCUGCUGGUCCAUUUCAAUCAAAUCGGUUCGGAGCAGUUUUUCUAAUUUCUGGGCAACAAUAA